AUGAAUCUCUCGAUAUUCCGACCCGUCUUCCGGCCCUACAAAACAACACCGCCAUCACAAUCAACAACCAACAUCUGGCAACGCACCGCACAACAAACAUGUCGGCAACCGCCCAAGCCGCAACGAGCAACCUUUUCCACAACACCGUGCCUGCAGAAGAGGAGUAAAAAAGGCCCCGGAAACGAUCCCAGAAUAACCAACAUCCGCUACCACCUCUCCCACCCCCUCACCCCCCGCCCCCUCCACUUCUCGCGCAACCGCUCCCUCCGCCACUGGACCAUCCACCGCGCCUGGCUCCUCUUCCUACGCAAGCGGCGCUGGGCCGAGGAACGCGAGCUAGAACGCCAAUACAUGGCCAUGCGGUCUGCGUGCGAGCACCUGCGCCUCAUGGACAACAACGGCAACCUCGUCAGCCAGGACGAGGCGGGCGGACAGGGCGCCGAUCCGAGUCGUUUGGGUAGCAAAGGAAGAGAGGUGGGCAGAUUGUAUCGUAGUGCGAUGCUCAAGAGGGGGGUGUGGGGUAGUGUGCCGGUCGAGUAUGGGCGUGUGCAGACGGAUUUUCCGCCGAGGGAGGGGUGGAAUCAUGCGUGGGUUAGGAAUUAG